AUGAGCACGAUUCUGCCCCCUGGCUUCCGCGCCUUCGAGAGCACAAAGAGCCCGGAUGUGCUCAAGGUGGCGUUGCUCCUGCAUUUGGCGUCCAAGAGUCGCUUCACCCACGCGGUAGUCGCCACGUCGCUCGUGGAGGGCGUCGUCAAGCCGGCGACCACGAGCGACAAGGUCCGCGCAUGCGCCAUCUUUGCCGUGGCGGAGACGACCCCAAGAGGAGAUGUGAAGACAAUGCUGCUCGGCCUUAACGGUGCCCUGGAUCUGGGCAACGACCCAGCGCACAGGAGCCUUAGCGGUAAGGCCGAUACCACUUCGCCCGGCCUGGACCCUUCCACAUUAUGCCAGAUGCUCUACAAAGAGAUUAGGAAGCAGUUGACGUCCACCAAACUCAAGCAGCACCUGGUGGCAUUGUUGAUGGACCACCUUGGGCAGGUCACCACCGACCACCAAGCCAUGUGUCUGCUGGACACCAUUGUGCCGGGCUCGUUUGCCGAAGGCACAGUGCGACAGGAGGUAGAGCGGGACUGCCCUGACGCGCUGGGCGUGCUGCGGCGGUUGGCCGACGAGCCGCAGUUCGACCACCUGUGGCGCUGGCUUGAGCAACAAGACUCAGAGUCAUGGGACACCAAGGGGCUGCCGCUCACCGCGCGGGCAGACCUCCAGCGGUUCCUCGAUGCGCCCCUGCCCGCCCACUGGUUCGCCGGCAAAUGGAUGCCGGAUCUGGCUGGGCUCGACGACGAGGACUGGAGAAUCACAGUUCCGUGCGGAUUCGUGUGGCCCCAGGUCAUCAGGAACCUUGCAUCGCGGGUUGGCUCCGUACAAGAGGAAGCGACCGGGCAGCUGGCAUUGGUUGCGGAACUAGGUCAGCCCGCGAGGCGGCUGGCCAUCAAGUGGGUGGCCACCCGCCUGCUCCCGUUCAAGCGGGUCAUCAACAAGGCCUCGAUCUUAGAGCACUUCCUCAUUACCGCCGUUUCCAGUCUCACCGCCUACGAGUACCAGGUGGCCGGUUUCCACCGAAAGUUCGCCUGCGACGGAUAUGGUGACGUGGCUAUGCACAUAGACGAAUACCUAGGGCUGGUGCGCGAUGAUGACGAAGAUGAAAGUGCGCGCAUCAUGGCGCUGCACCUCAUUGCCAUGUACCCCGAUUUGUGGCGGGUCACCAUGCCUCACGUGGAGGCGGUGUUCCACAACUCUGCGCGGGAGCGUUGCAACAUAGCGCUGUGCACAACGGCCCUGUCAACCCUCUCCUUCAUUGCACCCGUCCCGCUGGAUUCAUGGCCGGCAGCCAGCAUCCAGGAAGAAGAGAGGGAGCACGUGUGGCGUCAUGUCAUGCCCCUGCGAGAUAUGGCAGCCACAGCGUUGGCUGAACAUCAGACCAACGGCGCCGUGGACCAUAGCGGGGAUGAUCUCCCUGAGGAACUACGCUCUCUUGUGGCCCGCAAGGCAGACAAAGCAGCCUACAGCCACCUUCAGGUUUCUGCUAUCCGCUUGGCGCUGCCAUUUUGUCUUUGUUUGACUCAUCUUGGCUCCUUCUCCGUGCGCGUGGCCUUGCAGGCCACGACUUUGACGCCCGCUGUGCAUCCCCUGACAUUCACACACUUGCAAGCACAGAAAUUGAGCUGGGGCUGGGUGAAUGGCUACCAAGACGCAUCAAGCCCGUGCUGCUUGCCAGAGCCCUCCGUCCCCCAACCCUACUACCAGCACCACGGGGGCACCCUUUCGGGGCCAGGGACAUGA